AUGACAAAAUUUGUGGUCAUCUCGUUAUUGGUGAUAGUGGCUGCAAUAGGAGGAUGGUAUGCUUCAACGAUUCUAUUUCCGGAACCCAUGCCAACUUUGGACUUGGAGGAAUGGUGGGGACCAAAGGAAUUGAGAGGAAAACAAGAGAAGAGUAUACGCUCGUUCCAAGUCAAGUUUUCAGCAGAGAUGAUUAAAGAUCUGAAGCAACGACUAAAAGGUCAUCGCGAACCUGUACCCCCUCUAGAAGAUGUCGGUUUCCAGUACGGCUUCAAUAGUAAGCAGCUUGCACCGUGGGUGAAGUACUGGGCAGACGAAUAUCCGUUCGCAGCAAGGGAAAGGUUCCUCAACAAAUUUCCACAAUUUAAAACCAACAUACAGGGUUUGGAUAUACACUUCAUCCGUGUAAAACCAGACGUUCCUAAGGGCGUCAGCGUGGUGCCUUUAUUACUGGUACACGGUUGGCCAGGCUCUGUUCGCGAAUUUUACGAGGCCAUACCCCUCUUGACCAGGAGAGUCGAUGGCUACGAUUUCGCUUUCGAAGUUAUAGUUCCCAGCUUACCCGGUUAUGGUUUCUCUGAUGCCGCAGUUCGCGUUGGAAUGGGCCCGCCUCAAAUAGCCGUUAUCUUCAGGAACCUGAUGCAUCGGCUCGGCUUCAAGCAAUAUUACGUCCAAGGUGGAGAUUGGGGCGCAGCUAUCGUUUCCAAUAUGGCUACCCAAUUCCCAGACGAAGUCUUGGGUCAUCAUUCGAAUAUGUUAAACGUUAUGAAUGGCUGCUCUCAACUACGCACGCUGAUCGGAACAGUACUUCCAUCCCUUAUCGUGGACCCUGAGCUCGCCGACCGAAUGUACCCCCUCUCUGCUUUCUUCGCCUAUUUAAUGGAGGAGUUUGGUUACUUCCACUUACAGGCCACGAAGCCAGACACAGUUGGCAUUGCAUUAACAGAUUCUCCAAGUGGUCUUCUGGCGUAUAUCCUAGAGAAGUUUUCCACAUGGACUGAAUUUAAGAACAAGGAGCGAUCUGAUGGUGGCUUUAAACCCUUUACUAAGGAUCAGCUUAUUGACAAUCUGAUGAUCUACUGGACCAGCAACAGCAUUACCACGUCGAUGAGGCUGUACGCUGAAGCGAUGAGUAACAAAGUCAGAGGGUUGAAUAUAGAAAAAUUCACCACCGAGGUGCCAACUUGGGCAUUGCAAGCAAAGAAUGAACUGUUUUACCAGCCACCAAACAUUCUCCGAACUAAAUACACAAACCUCGUCGGAGUCACUGUGUUAGACGAAGGAGGACAUUUUAUAGCCUUUGAAAUGCCCGAAGUCCUAGCAGCAGAUGUGUUCAAAGCUGUAAAAGCAUUUAGGGAAUGGCGAAAGAUGAAAACUGAACUUUAA